AUGGAUGAAGACUGGACAAGAAUAUCUGACUCUGCGCUUCGCAAGCGAGUGCAGAAUCGUCUCGCCCAGCGUAAACACCGCCGGAAAAUUCAAGGCCAAGACACUAGCCAGGGCCAACUAUCAUCUAAUGACAAGGCACAAGAGCAGCAUCAGUGGAGUUGUGAGAACGGCGACGAGUACUCCUCAUCAUCACAAGCUAUGAUGCCCUCUGGCCCCGAUUCUGCCCGCUCCCAGCCAGGCAUGAACGACAACUUCGAAGACGCAACUCUGGCUUACACGGCGAACGAUCUCUUCAAACCCCAUGAAUAUCGGAAUACUCAGUGGAACACAAGUAACCAUGGUGAUAAUGGUCUUGUAGACCCAAAUCUAGUAGCCGGCCUUCCCGGUGACCCAGGUGUCACCACACUACCGACUGCGUUCCGGACAGACGCAAGAUCACUAAGAUCGCGCCAAUCCCACCAAAAUGAAAUGGAAAGACAGAUAGGACAAUUGAACAAUACCGGAGGGACUGACUUGGACAUGCCGUUCGACUUGGAUAUGUCCACCCAACCUGAUAUCAGCAAUCAAGCUCGAAACCAUUUCCAGUCACCCUUACACAGACAACAAGCGGCACGCUUCUCCAAUCGACCCAGUAACACAGGUGGAGUUAACCCAUCGACCUCUCCGAUCAGUUGCUAUAGCCCCCCAGACCUCAAUGAUUUAGCUGAAGACGCCGAGACAUGCAUUGUAUACUACCCCCGCAGAAAGGGGGUAGCCAGUCGCUCUCAGCGGCCAGUAGUAGAGCAGCGACUAGACACCAACCUCAACUAUCGAGAGCCAUCAGUUAGAGCUCCAGCUCAAACUCAGCGCCAAUUGUCUCCUUCUCCAUCCCCAACUCAUUCUUCAGGUUCAGAGGCGCUUCUACGCCAUGGCAUUGAUCUAAACCAGAUCUUAGCCUACUGCGACGAGACAGAAAGACGAGGUUCCACCUCAACGAGAUCCAGAGAUAUUGGCCCUCCCCCGACUUCCAGGCGACGAUCCGAAGCAAUAUGCUCCGACAGCUCGCAUAGUAACUCAGAGCUCCAACGUCAAAGUCAAAGGAGCGUAAGAGGGCAGGAUCAAGCCGACCUCGACUACAGCAGGCAAAGGCCGAAGGUAGCAAAAGUAGUGGUCAUUUUUAUGGAAGACGAUAAUCGUUGA